AUGGGUAGCAAAAGGAUAGCCAAGGAACUAGCUGAGCUCACAGCGUCUCCUCCAGAGGGCAUUACUGUCGAGCUAGCCAAUGAGUCAGAUAUCUACCAAUGGAAGGUUUACAUGGACGGCCCAGAAGGGUCACCGUAUCACAAUGGCAGGUUCCUAGUCAAACUCAGUCUUCCCACUGAGUACCCUUUCAAGCCACCAUCCGUUUCGUUCGGGACCAAAAUUUACCACCCCAAUGUGACCAACGAUGACAAGGGCAGCAUGUGUCUGGGCAUGCUGCGGGCCGACGAAUGGAAGCCUAGCUCCAAGAUCGCAGCGGUGCUUGAGUUCGCGCGUCAGCUGCUCGUAGAGCCCAUGCCUGAUGAUGCUGUCGAGGGUCGUAUCGCAGAACAGUACAAGAAUGAUCGGGCACGGUAUGACGAAAUCGCACGGGAGUGGACAAGGAAGUAUGCGAUGGCAUAG